AGGCAGCCGGAGCCGCCGUUUCCCGCUCGCGCCCCCCUUCAGCUUCUGUCCCCCCAAGCCAUGACCUUUGGCCGGGGUGGCCCGCCGGUGGUGGUGUUGAACGUGGGGGGCACCCGCUACUCUUUCGCUCGGGAGGUGCUGAAGGACUUUCCCCUCCGGCGGGUGAGCCGCCUGCACGGCUGCCUGUCAGAGCAGGACGUGCUGGAGGUGUGCGACGACUACGACCGCGAGCGGAACGAGUACUUCUUCGACAGGCACUCCGAAGCCUUCGGCUUUAUCCUGCUCUACGUGCGCUACGGCCACCUGCGCUUCGUGCCCCACAUGUGUGAACUCUCCUUCUACAACGAGAUGAUCUACUGGGGCCUGGAGGGAUCCCACCUGGACUACUGCUGCCAGCGCCGGCUGGACGACCGUAUGUCCGACACCUAUACCUUCUACUCGGCAGAAGACCUCCAGGCGGAGCCCUCCGGAGGCUGGAGCAGCAGCAGCAAAAGCAGCGGCCACCCGCCGCCGCCGCCCGAGGGCCAGGGAGGAGAAGCGGGCCAGGGUAGCGGUGGUGCAGCGGCCCCACCUGGCGCUGGGGAGAAGAAAUGGCUGGAAAGGAUGAGGAGAACUUUCGAGGAGCCCACCUCGUCAGUGGCCGCCCAGAUCCUAGCCACGGUCUCCAUCCUGUUUGUCAUCGUCUCCAUGGUGGUGCUGUGCGCCAGCACCAUGCCGGAGUGGCGAACAGCUGAGAACCGAAGCCUGGAGGAGCAGAGCAGGUACACAGCAGACUCAAUCAGGGAGCCUUCAGGGAUAAUUGAAGCAAUUUGCAUCGGCUGGUUCACGGCAGAGUGCAUUGUGAGGUUCAUUGUCUCCAAAGACAAGUGUGAGUUUGUUAAGAGACCACUAAACAUCAUUGACUUGCUGGCUAUCACUCCAUAUUAUAUUUCUGUGCUGAUGACCAUUUUUACAGGGGAGAAUUCUCAGCUUCAGAGGGCUGGAGUCACCUUACGGGUUCUGAGAAUGAUGCGGAUUUUUUGGGUGAUUAAAUUGGCCCGCCACUUCAUCGGCCUCCAGACACUCGGCCUGACUUUGAAGCGAUGCUACAGGGAGAUGGUGAUGCUGCUUGUCUUCGUUUGUGUUGCGAUGGCAAUUUUCAGUGCCCUUGCCCAACUCCUUGAACAUGGACUGAAAAUAGGGAAACCCAAUGAAGGCUAUGCAAGCAUUCCUGCUGCUUGCUGGUGGGUUAUCAUCUCCAUGACCACAGUUGGUUAUGGAGAUGUUUGUCCCAUCACAGUACCUGGAAGGAUUCUUGGAGGGAUUUGCGUGGUCAGUGGGAUUGUUUUGCUAGCCCUGCCUAUUACGUUCAUCUACCACAGCUUUGUGCAAUGUUACCAUGAGCUCAAAUUUCGGUCUGCUAGGUAUAGCAGGAGUCUCUCUGCUGAAUUUUUAAAUUAACAAAUAGCACAAUUGCAUUUCAUAACAGCACUUAAUAUAUUGAAGAAAUUAUUAAGUCCUUCCUCAUUACUUUCCAUCUUGAUGUCUGAGGAAUUAAGAAGUCAGUACUCUGUGACUUAAGAGAAAUACUUCCCUUCUCUCUUUGUGGGAUGGUCACUUGCCCUUUUCCCCAGAAGAGCUGAGAUUCAUAAGGGAGAAAACAUCUUUAUUUCGAGU